GCCAGAGAAAGAGCAGGCCCAAGAAAUUAAAGGCACGUCAACAAUCUCUGGCAGGUGCUGUUGAAUGAGGGAUCAACAGCAGGAGAAGAGCAGUUGGCCGUAGCGGGAACACCUCCACUACGGGAUUGAGCACGUGCAUUCUCAGGAUCGAGAUAUGUGUCGAUUCGGCAUAUGCAGCCGCAGGCCAAGCAAGCAGUUAGAAAGCACCAUCUACACCACUGACGGCACAGCAGUUCUGCUGUCGUGCAGCACUGGGAGCAGCAGCAGGAGCAAGAAAGUAUCAGCUGCAAUAGUGGAAGGGGUAAGAGCAGCAAUAGCAGCAGCAGCAGCAGCAGCAGCAGGAGGAGGAGGAGCCGGAGGAGGAAGAGGAGAAGGAGGAGAAGGAGGAGGAGGAGGAGAAGGAGGAUGCUCACAAACAACAGUUCUGCCCUCAUGCAGCACUGGGGGCAGCAGCAGGAGCAAGAAAGUAUCAGCUACAGUAGUGGAAGGGCUAAGAGAAGCAAUAGCAGCAGCAGCAGCAGCAGCAGCAGGAGGAGGAGGAGGAGAUGGAGGAGGAAGAGAAGGAAGAGGAGGAGGAGGAGGAGGAGGUGGAGGAGGAGGACGAUCACAAACGUCAGCAAUAGCAGCAUCUGCAGCCAUUGUGCUCACUUGCAGGGUCAGCCACAGAAACAGUAGAGGAAACGACAGGGUCAGAUGACCCUUGGGCAGCAGUAGAGGUAGCGGUCCAGGGGCCCCAUCACCCAGUGCUUGUGGCUGAAUGUCACACACGUGUGACUGUUGAUGAACAGAUCGUGAGUUUAUUAAUUCUGACAACAUCGGCUGAAAACAGGAGGUGCAUCAAGAUGUGCACACUAACUUCUCCAUCAAGAUGAACAAAUCAAGAUUUCGUCAGUAGGAGGGAUGCGGGGGGCCGCCACAUGAUGAGCUGUGGAAAGUGCCCGCGGUAAUCGGAGGGACAGUGUAAAGUACCUGCAGCGGGAUUUGAUGUGCAUGUGGGAACUUGUGCGAGAAGUGUGGUGUGAGGUGGAAGAACUACGCCAGGUGGACAUCGGACACAAAUGUGAUAGGUGGAUGUUGCGAAAAGUGAAAGGCGGACAUCGGAGAAAGUACCAGGUGGACAUUUGAAGUGUCUGGUGAACGUUGGAAGGCGGGAAGAUGAUGAGGAUCAGGGGUUCUUGCGCCGGAGAGAUUCUAUAUCUCACCGCCUUCGGUCACAUUUUGGCAGUUCAUCCGCCGAAGUACAGUUGGACCACCCUAUAAGCCGACACCUCGACGUCCUCGAGAUCUGAGAGGCUGGCAGGCCAGUUGCUGAGGUGUAGGGGACAUUUGGGGGGCAUGUGUGAAAAUGUGAUGGACAUUUUUGGUCACUUGUGUGGUAAACCGGAUGCUCUCGGGCACUUGUGGGUAUGUACUGGGCAGUUUUGGGCAGUUGUGGAAAUGCAAUGGGGACAGAUUUGGCCAAAUGGGACAAGCAGAAAACUCUUAGGUACCUGAAUAUGCUUUUGUCCAUGGGUCGUUCUACUGCUCCUCUCUUUCUUCCGUGGGUCGGUCUGCCACUCUUCUCUGGAAGUGUAGGGGCAUAUAGUCAUGCUGAUUGAUUGACUACCAGAUUGAUCCGGCAUCUGUAAGUGCACACUGAUGGAUCUGCCAGCUCAAGUGGUCGUGCAUACACCCAGGGCGUCCAUCCACCCCGAUCUCGCACGGGUGCGUGUACACGAGGAUGAUGUCCCCAUGGGCGCCAACUUAAUGGCCACAUGUCUCCCUUCCCUCCCCUCUCCUGGAUUUUCUGGGUUGGAAUCGGCUUUUCCAUUUGACGGUUGACGGUCAGGUAAGAAACUUAUUAAGGACCGAGAGAGUUGUGGCUGCAGUCUGUCGGCGACUUACGGGCAUUCAAGUGCGGAUUGCUGCCCUGGCAAAGAGAGGAAUAUCAACGCCUUAUAAAGUUAUAAACCGAUGGAAACGAAAAGAGUGGCUUCCAAUCGAGGAGGCGGUAUUGGUGAGCACUUCUGUCAGUUUGCAGAGAGAGAAAUUAAACAAAAAAAAAGUCAAAAAAAAAAAAAAAAAGUCAUGAAUGCAUGCAGAUUAUGUGAGCUUUAGAGUGGUUCGGGAGGGGAGUAGAGCUAGGGGACCGUUUCUCCAGAUCUGCAUGGUCUGUGCGAAAGCAUGCUUUCAUUAGCUGAUUGCAAAAGCCCCUAGGCAGACGGAUGAUGGCGUGGAGGUGGUGAAAUCGAAAGAAGUGCACCCUGGGCGGUAUUACGCGGUAAAUACCUUUAAUUUAUCCCCUAGGUCAGUCAAUCUGGUUGUUUUUUUGCGCCUAGUUUUGGAGUUGCAGCUAUUUUUCGAUUUAUAAAGUGUACCGGUCCAGCAGACAGGUAAACUUGUUUUCACCGAAUGGUUAAAACUUAAAAGUUAAAACAUCAUUGACUCAAAAAAGUUGAAAAAACAAACAAAAGAGAAUUUACGAA